AUGGCAGUACCUGGUCAGUUGAUUGUUCAUCCUGUUUGUGCUGAACUAUAUAGAGAUGUCGAAGCUUUUGGAAGAAUGGACCCAUAUUGUGUUGUUACUGUUGGAUCCAAUCAAGAAAGAACCGCUAUUGCAGAGAAUGCAGGAAAGUACCCUAAUUGGUCAAACCACUUGACAUUCCAGAUAUAUAAUGAAGAAAGCAUCAGAGUCCAAGUUUGGGACAGAAGACAUAUGGUCGGUGAUGAAGAAAUCGGCUCUGCUGAAGUUAUCAUUCUUAAUGCAAGGCAGAUGGGCCAAGUUGAGGAGUCUGUUGAAUUGUUUCACCACGGCCGCGGGGUUGGAAAAGUGAGACUUUCGAUAAGAUUCCAGCCUCAAUAUGCUCAGCCAAUGUAUCCUCCCCAAGGACAGCCAUAUGGAUACCCUCAAGCAGUUGUAAUUGAAGAAGGGCAUCAUCAUCACCAUCAUCCUCAUCACCCUCAAGAAGUGAUUAUCGAGACUCAAGGUUACGGACAACCACCCCGUGAAAUUAUAAUUGAAGAAGGAAGACAUCACCAUCAUAAUAAUAGUUAAUUAGUUAAAACGAUUAUGCUAGCAAUAAGUGGACCCAGCUAAUAGCUGUCACCCAUCCUGGCUUCAAAAGGUCGCCCUUUUGGAGAUCUGGCCUGAACCAGCUGGCCAGGUGAUCAGUUCCCUUGGGCAAAGCCAUAGUCUGUGAAAUGUCCCGGCGAUCCUGAUAAUGAAGACUAUAUGGUAGGUAAAACACCUCUAGCUCACCCAGCAGGACAGGAAAACCUUUGGGCGAGAAAUAAAACUUCCUUUUUCAGCAAGGCAUCUCAAGCCUGAAGACAUACCUCUAAAAGGGAUAGAGGCCCUGUCAGGAUGAUGGAUCCUACAUGCUCCAUAGGGAGUGCACAUCAGAGUCUGUUUUCCGUCAACGUGACCAUUUUUAUUUCUCUAUCAUAAAUAAAUUAAAUUAAAUUAUUUAAACUGGCAAUAAGCAGGCGACCAAUUAGCCUUUGUCUUAUCUCGGCUUAAAAAGUAUCAACCUCCAUAUACUUCAGAGUUUUAAAUGAGGAAAAUUGAAGGCUACCAUCUUGAAAAUUCCGAUCUGAGCAACCUGUCAAGGGGAUUAGCUCUCCUGGGUAUAGCAAUAUUUGUGCUUGCCCCGAUAGAGAACGACCAAGUGUAUGCAAAGCCUGUCUUGCCCAUCUGACAGGGACAGGAAACCUUCGGGGGAGGAAGAAAACACCCUGUUUCGGCAUCUCCCCGUUGAGAUGGUCUACUUCGCUUACAAGCAUCUUUUGUCACCCAUCGCGCCCCUCAAGAGGUGUCGCCUCGGAGUCCAGUUUCUGUCUAUAGAACUUGCCCGAGGAUGGCGCUAUUUUGCGCCAUUCUCGGGCAAGUUCUAUACGUCGCCAUUCUAUUUCUUCAUCAUAAUAAGGAAUAUAUAAUCGAAGGAGGGUAUCCACAACAGCCUGGAUACCCACCUCAACCAGGCUACCCUCCACAACAAGGUUAUCCUCCACAGCCAGGCUACCCUCCAUAUGGUGGCUAUCCUCCACAAGGUGGCUAUCCUCCUUAUUAA